AUGACCAAAGAUAUUCAUCAGGAAUUCAUACAGGUUUUAGAGUUCAUCAAUGCUCCGGAUCUUGAUCAUGGAAAUGCGUUAAAUAAUCCAGCUCUUCCAAAACUGCUUAAUCUGCUAGCCUCUGCUUCGUUGCUCAAGAUCGAUUCAAAAACAACAAUUCUAUCCACUCUAGUCUUGCUCCAAAAUGCCAUCAGCACCAACGCAAACGACUUUUAUGGGGACAAUGCUUGGGAUAUUGCAGCGAAUCUGGCUGGGUUCAUCAAGGAUUGGCAGGUUGGUCGUACACAAGAUUGUUCCACUACAGUAGUCGACGGUCUUGACAAAACACCAUCUUUGAUUUAUGAAGAUGGUGUUGUUGUUGUUGUGCAGUCUUUGUUGGAGUGUCUUGCGUCGAUUGGACAUCCUCGAGAUAUGUUUCUGUUUGCAUGCGAGUUUCUUCAUGUUCUUACCAGAGAAAAAGAAUGUGUAUUGUCUGCCAAUGAGUCUGUAUGCAGAUUUAUUCUAUAUUUUAAAUUUAUGCUUUCCGUUUUGGAUCAAAUUCAGAUACCUCGAAAGGCAUCGAUGAUUGUAGAUGCUAUCGCAAUAUAUCAUGACAGUCUGGCUUUGAUCCCACCACUUGAAUCAAACAAAGAUUUAUUUGAAAAGACUGCUGCAACUUUUAUUUUAUAUUUCAAGUCUCUUUCCAAAUACGCUGAUUACAAGGAAAUUGCUCCCCUGUUGAUAUCAGUAGCAUCAGAUAUGGCAGAAACAUUUUUUGCAAACCUUUCAAUAUCUUCAUCCAUCAUGAUUGAUAAUGCUCAGUUAUUUUUGCGAGAAUGUCAAUUUCUUGAAAUACAUAUUACCGGCACCUUGAAUCACACACUCGGAAACGCAAUUAUCUUGUCACUCUAUUUUCAUCCACUGCUUAUAGACGUGCAUAUGCCUUGGGUUCUAAGGCGUCCGUGGAUUUUUAAUCAUCAUAUAGAUCACAUUUGUUUACUAUUAGAAAGAAAGCAUCAAACACAAAUACUACAGGGCUUAUCGAUUCUCGAGUUUGUGAUAGUUGGACUGACUUGUGAUUCUGUGACGUUGAGCAUGUAUGAUGAUGUUAAUCCUCAAAACGGGUCUGUUUCUUGUCACCAACAAAUUGUCAAGGCAAUGAUUGCUGCAAUUGCUGGAGCGCCUAGCCAGCAGCUAUCACAGCGAGUUUUUGGUGUAUUAAAGAAUGUAAUGGCUGCAUAUACAGACGAGGUUAAAAGCAGGAUACUUUUAUUGAUGAUCAUGGAUUCAGAAAUGCCUUCGAUGAUUGUUGCAGGAAUUACAAUUUUAAAAGAAUGCAUUCAUAAAGCCAAACAAAAAGGCUUGGAUAAGAGGAUCUUGACAACUAAACCUUUUAAUUUAAUGAUUUGCUGCUGGUAUUGUGUAAUUAUAUAUCCUGACCUGACCCACAUUCAAAAGACAUCAUGUUUUGCAUCAGGUCAAAUCACUGAUACUUUUUUAGAAGUACUGCUUGAUGGCAAGUCUAUAGUCUACCGUAAUCGUAUCAUACACCCAGACACUACCAUUUUUGAAAACACCGAUUUGUUUUUUGAGCGCUAUGCAAUUCUUAUGCAUGCACUGAACCUGUACUUGUAUUUGCUGAUACGCGAAAAAUCAGAUACGAAUCGUAUGGGUGUAUGGGAUAGUGUCCAUAUCCAAUCUGUAUAUCUCAAGCUGAUUUCGCCAGCACAAAAGGUUGUAAAUCAAGCAAUCGCGGAUUCCGAAUUGGAUAUAAAUAGGCAGCUUGAGGAUAUAGAUAGUAAAGCCGAUCAAGAGCCCAGAAACAAUUGCAAGCCUUGUGGCACAAAAAUCGAUCCUGUUAUAAUGGACAGACUGAUGAGCAUGCAACUUUUAGGAAAUGUUCUUGAUCGGAUUAAAGAAUGCAUUGAAACUCAAAUUCAAGACUGA